GUCAAUAUUAACUUCUUAAUUAAUGUCAAAUUAAUUCCAAAUAUUUAAAAACAAAUAGUAAUGAAAAUAAUGAAUGGAAAGUAUCAGACGAAUUCCUGUAAACAACACGAUUUGUCUAGAAAGGGAGAAUUUUUAGAUAAAGAUAGAAAGAUAUAUGAUGGCAAAUAAGAGUAAAUAUACACAAAUAAUUCUACUAUCAAGUUUUAUGGAAGGCAUUGGAAAAGGGAUAAAAGCCUAGCGGUGGACAGUUGACUGCAGUACUAGAUCGGGAAACUAGCGAACGAGCUGCGAACAAGUGUGAGGCCUUCAAGACCUGCGUAGGCGACUCUCCAGUUUUUGGAAGCGCUCUUUCUGGUUUUGCAUUUAUCGUCUAAAAGCCCGCCAUCAUCGGCCGAAGGGGUAAACGAUGACUGCUGGAGAGGAAAUCAAGCCUAGUGAGGUAGAGUCACAGUUGGAGAAGGAGGUGGGGAAAGGGAACGCAGUAGCAGCGCCAGUCGCCAACGGCCCAGAAACUACAAAGCUCACCAUAAGGCUUCAGACAUGGGAAAAGUUGGAAUCUAUGGAUCAGGUUGUAUUCCCAAGGCCAUGCAAGUUCCGGAUUCCAAGAUUUAAAGGCGAAAAUGAAGCCGUUGAAAAACUGGCACAGCUAGAAGCAUUUCGAGCUGCAAAAGUCGUAAAGGUGAACCUAGACAAAGCUCAUGAGAGGGUUCGACUUGAAGUUAUUCAGAAAGGAAAGUCACUGAUUGCUGGAACACCAGGUCUGAAAGAAGCUGUAUUCCUGCUAAUGAGGCCGCCUAUGGAAGCGAACAAACUGGCCAACAGGAUGGCCGCUUCACGAAUAGGCAUCCGUCACCUUGGAACAGCAUUGGACUUCAGUUCUGGCAUAAAAGCUGAUCUGGUUGUUCUAGGAUCAGUAGCUGUUGAUAAGAAAGGUCACCGUAUUGGAAAGGGAGAGGGAUUUACGGACCUUGAAUAUGCCCUCUUAUCCAAACUUGGCAUCAUUAUCAAAGAUGCGGUUAUAGCAACAGUGGUCCAUGAUCUUCAGGUGUAUGAAGAGUUUCCUGAGGCACUAUUUAAGCCUUGGGACGUGCCAGUGGACAUAAUCAUAACACCUACACAGGUAAUCAAUGUUGAGAAAAAGCUUCCCCGUCCAGAAUUGACAUGGAAUCUCCUUUCUAGUCGAAGAGUCAAUGACAUUCCAAUCAUUAAGCAGCUCCUUGAAAAGGAGCAACUGUCAGGAGCUAGUGUUGCUCUGAAAGAGGUUGACUCUGAGCCAGAAGGACCUUCAGGAUACUGGCCACCACUAAGAACAAAGAGGAGGAGAUUUGUCCGCCGCAGGAGGCUAACCUCAGCACCACCCGACGGCCAACCACGAGGAGCUGCAAACAGGAACUCAAGUGCACCUCCUCCUAGAGGGCGCACUUUCCGUCGUAGUGGUAGAAGGGUUACCCUUCAGCCUCAAGGCAGUGCCUCAGGAGAUAAGGUGGACAAUAAUAAGGUUGGAAUGGGAAUGGGUAGAAGGAUGAUGGGUCCACCAAUGAGAAGAAUCCGUCGGCCACGGUAUACUGUAGACUUUAGCGUGCGCAUUGAUGGGCUCACUUCAGGCAUCCGCAUUAGGGAGCUGAAGGCUGCACUUUUCGAACGGAACGUCCGCCCAGUGGACAUCUCGUGGCGUGCGGCCAAAGGUGUUGCACUACUUCACUUUGCUAAGAGAAGGCCAAAUCAAAGCUUAACAACAAAUAGCAUUGGAAUGGAUGAGGUAGUGUCAAUGUUGCAAGGGCUCGCUAUAAAAUCAGGCGAUGGUGCGACUACACCAGAGCUGAAGGUGGAAGGAGUCAAGCCGAUCCUGAGAGCAGGAAGCGCAGCGGAGCAAACUACAACCACAGUAAUCGAGCAGCAGGAGACCGCGAGCGCCCCCGCAUUGACCCCCACUUCACCACCUCCGGUCCUCAAUGGCCCCUCAUCCAACAACAGCCCUUCUCCGGCCGUCGAGAUCAGUUCGGCACCUACCACCCAAGUGACUGCUUGACUUGAUUUAUCUGUCUCUAAUUGUCACGUGUUUAGUUCAUGGCCAUAAUGUAGUUUGAUAAUUGAUAAAAAAACUUAAAAAAAAAAAGAAAAAGCUUGUUAGUUGUUCUAUUUUGAUUAUCCCUUGUUUCUACACACAUGUAAGAGUGGAUAAUUUUAUUUUCUCAAGUUAGUUUCAUUUCUGUAUUGUGUUUGUGUGAAACUUGAAGAAUGUUGAGUGAGGAAAAAAGUUUGUAUUGUUCUGUUGUGUGUUUAAGGGUCGAUUAAAAAUGUCAAAGGAUAUUGUAAUGGGCCAAGAUUAAAAGAGUUUUGUUAAUGUAAAAGGUGUUUUACUUUUUAAUUUUAUAUUUUAGAAUAGAUUUAAAAUCUAAAUGAUUUUGUUUCCUGUUUAAGGUUAUUGUGUAACUUCAUACACAAUUGAAAAUUUCAUCAGUGGUAUCAGUAGGAAAACAAACUAAAAAUAAGCAUUAUAAAUGUAAUAAUUUUUUUUUUUGAUUUAUGGGUAACUAUAAAAUCAAAAAUAAAUAAAUCCUUGUUCUAGUUUCAACUUAAGAUAUAAUUAUCAACACAGAUGAUUAAUUUGUAUUAUUUUGUAAUGAGAAAAGGCUUCAGCAAAUCUGUCUCAUGGAGAUAGGAUAAUAAGUUCAUAGUAUGCAAUUAUGUUGAAGGUUUCUAUUAUUUUAAGUGCAUGCGUACUGUAAUAGCGAGUUGUUUUUAAUUUUGGCUAUUUUAGCUAUAAAAAUUGGCUAUUUUGUGUUGUAUCCUUUUAUAUUUUCAGUGACUAAAUAAAUAAGGUUGAUUUUUAAUUCUUGAUAUACACUUCCUUAGCAUAUACUUCCUUUUGCAAGUUGCUAUUAGUAAUACUUUUAUAUUGUUUUCAACUGCAUUUUAAUUAUUAAACGAGACAGUGUGGAUUUAUCUAUUACCUGUAGAAUUAAUUAAAUAUUGGUGAAAGUAGUUUUCUUAUAUCUAAUUUGUUAUGUUCAUUACUUAGUGAAAGGGAUACAAAGGAAAAUGUAUUUUUUUUUUUAAUUUUUGUUGAUUAUUUUUAUUAAGUUAUAUUGCAUGCUGUCAAAAUUAAAAACAUUGGUAAUAGCGAGAGUUCAUAUACACCUAUGUUGUUGAAAAUAAUUUAAUAAAUUAAU